AAGAAAUAAUAUUGAAGGACAUAGGAGAAGAGAAUAUAGUAGUUGUGUGCAGAAGAGAGGAACAGCUCAAGAGGGGCCCUUGACACUUGAGAUUCAGAAGCCUAUCGGUUUCAUGAAGGUAUAUGAUUAUAUUCAUACAUGAGAUCGAUGCUUCUGGAUUCUAAAGUGUGACAAUUCAGAUCAAUUGCAGCUUCGAUUCUUCAUUUUGUUAUAUGAAUGGGAGCAGUGGUUGUCUAGGAUGCGAUAAUAGCCGCAAUCUGUUAUCUUUACUCAGUAAGCCAUCAAAAGGACAGAAAAUUCAAGCUCAGACAGUAACAAAACCCAAUCCAUCUGAGGAUUUUUGGACCUCUAGUACUUUUGAUAUGGAUAAUAGUGCAGUCCAGUCGCGUGGAAGCAUCUCAUCAAUCAGCACAUCUAACCAGAUUGUGGAUGGCAGUGGCUCUGGGAAUGGGAACCUCCCUUCUGAGUUUGUCAAUCAUGGUCUUCUUCUCUGGAAUCAAACUAGGCAGCAGUGGGUAGGAAACAAGAAGUCUGAGAAAAAUGUGGAGCAGCUUCGGGAGCCAAGAUUGAGUUGGAAUGCAACAUACGAGAGUCUGCUUGGGAGAAACAAGCCCUUUACCCAACCAGUUCCCCUCACUGAAAUGAUAGAUUUUCUUGUUGAUAUCUGGGAGCAGGAUGGAAUGUAUGAUUGAUAGAUAAUAUAGUGGGAUGUUUCCGUUUACUUGUUAUGUAUCUGAACACUCUAUGCUGGGAGAUUCAGAGUUCUUGAUCAGAGCAAAUGGUAUUGUAAAUGAACUAUAACAUUGCUAUGAUGAGGUUUUUUCUGUUCA